GCGCGGCGGAGAGCGAAGAUGGCGGCGCGGGCGUGCGGCUUCCCGGCGCAGCGCUUGCUGCUGGCGCUGCGGGGCGGAGGCCGCGGCUCGGCCGGCGGCGGCGGCGGAGCCCGGGGCUACUCCAAAGACAACGAAAGCAGCUGGUUCCGUUCGCUCUUCGUGCACAAAGUCGAUCCCCGGAAGGACGCGCAUUCCAACCUCCUGUCCAAGAAAGAGACCAACCACCUGUACAAGAUCCAAUUCCACAAUGUGAAACCUGAGUGCCUGGACGCCUACAACAGCUUGACGGAGGAGGUGCUCCCAAAGCUGCACUCGGACGCAGACUACCCCUGCGACCUGGUUGGCAACUGGAAUACCUGGUAUGGCGAACAGGACCAGGCAGUGCACCUCUGGCGGUUCAUCGGCGGCUACCCAGCCCUCAUGGAAUGCAUGAACAAGCUGAAGCAAAACCAGGAGUACCUGGAGUUCCGGAAGCAGAGGAGUCAGAUGCUGCUUUCCCGAAGGAAUCAGCUGCUCUUGGAAUUCAGUUUUUGGAAUGAGCCUCUGCCCCGGGCGGGACCCAACAUCUACGAACUGAGGACAUACAAACUUAAGCCCGGAACGAUGAUUGAGUGGGGAAAUAACUGGGCACGGGCCAUCAAAUAUCGCCAGGAGAACCAGGAAGCGGUGGGGGGCUUCUUCUCCCAAAUCGGGGAGCUGUACAUCGUACACCACCUGUGGGCCUACAGAGACCUCCAGUCCCGAGAGGAAACGAGGAAUGCGGCCUGGAGGAAGCGGGGCUGGGAUGAAAACGUUUACUAUACAGUGCCUCUGGUUCGGAGCAUGGAGUCGCGCAUCAUGAUCCCCUUGAAGGUCUCCCCGCUGCAGUGACGCCGGCUCCGGGGCGCUUCUCAGCAGCCGCCUCCGCAAUGCAGCAGCCUCAGCAGCCGCCGCCUCCUUUCAAAAUGGUGUCCUGGCUGUGCCUCCCCCCAGUUCCCUCCAUCCCCUCCCACCCCUCCUGUUCUGUUUCUCCUGCUGCUUGGAUGAGGGACCACAUGCCUGCUCAUUGCAGCCCCACUGGGUGAGGCUUUCUGCUUGGGGUCUGACCCAAAUGGAAGUGGAGAUGAGUCUUUUUCCUGAACGUCUCCAGCGAUUGCCUUCCACACAGGACCUGAGCUGGGUGACUGCCGGCUGCUGGUUCUCUGGAGCCUUUGAUCCCUGGAACGUCGUUUUUCACUUGUUCCACCUGUUGCCAGAAGCCCUAUCCUUUGGGGGAAAUCUUCCUGUUUGUGUUUGCCCUCUUGGGGCAUGUUUGUCUUGGCCGUUCUGGUCUGGCCCACCUCUGAGAGCGUGACCAGCCUGGUUCCAGCUUCUGGCGCUUUGCUCCGGUGUCUUGACGCUUGUGGUCCACAGGAUGCAAAGCUCUCCCUGCCAGGAGCAUCUUCUCUCCUUCCUGGAAGGGAUAGCAUGAUGAGAGAUGCUCUGGAUUCCCGUGCCGUCCUUGACCGCUCUCCGCCUCCCAAAUGUGUGCAGACUCCAGGUCUGUUUCAACAUUCCAGAGAAGCUUCUGCGUGGGUCCCGCCCUGCCAAGAUGCAAAGGGCAUUCCGUGAGCACAGCAGCUCCCUUCCCAGCCCCAUCUUUUGGUACCAGAUGCUAUUUUUUUAAUCUCCGCCAAGAUCGUCCUUGGUUUGAGGGCUGUUCCAAACCCCAUUUUUCAGGAAGGAUACAGAGCAGAAUGCUGUGAAUGUAUAAGGCAGCCUUCUUGAACCUGAACGGGACUAUAGCUCCCAUCAGCCACAGCCAGCAUAGUCAGGGAUCGUGGGAGUUGUCACCCAAAAUAUCUGAAGGACACCAGGCUGGGAAAUGCUGAUAGAAGAAAGUCUGCGCCUGGCUCCUUGGCUCUUCCCUGACCGUCCCGAAAUCCCCGACGACUCAGGUCACCAAAGGGCUUAGUUGCAAAGCAAGCGGACUGAGUCAGCGGCCUCUGCACAGGCGCAAGACGGCGGGGGCAUGAGAAUACGCUUGUUGAUUAAAAACACACUCGCCUUUUGAGGAGCCAUGUAAACUGUCUAGCCACAAGAGUAAUUAAAUAUUUAAUACACUA